GGCGAGCGGUGCUCCUGGCGGGUGGCGCGACCGAGCUGGAGAGCCCCGUGGCGGCGGAGGCGCCCUUCCCGGCGCGCUUCCCCGCGGCCGCCCGGGCACCGGGCCCUCGCUGGUCCGCUCCGCCGCGGGGGCCGGGCCAGGAGGCGUGCCAACCCUGGCGGCUGCAAGCGACACCUCCCCGGCCGGGCUGGACGAGCGACGGCCGACGUCACGAUGAUGUCGGCGUAGUCGUUCGUCGUCUUCUCGUUUUCGUCUGCUUCGUCCUCGUCCUCUUCGUCCUUCUCGUCGUCUUCAUCGUUAACAGUCAUUACCAACCCCUCGCCCCGUUUUAUUGUUUUCGUUGGCCAUGCCGUUUGCAUGGCUGGCGACUCUUGGUUUGUUCUUCUACGCAGCCAACUACGUACUGGUAAAAGCUCGCGCGCGGCCGGCCUCCUCUCGUCGGCCGGCUCAUACAUACAUAAGUGUUCGCA